GGUUUCAUUUUAAUAUACAUUUCUUUUUAUUUUUGUAUUCACUUCUGACUCAACAACAUGGCAGCCAUCUCGAGGGCAACUGUUGUCCAGCUUGGACAAAUUGGGCAACACAUCCCUCCAGUAUUUGGCUGUGUGUAUGUUAAUAAGAGAAAUGCUAGCAGUGGUACAAUGGCUGCAAUGAAAAGAGGGCGUGGUGGACGUUCCUCAUUCAGUGGAAUUGUUGCAACAGUGUUUGGAGCAACUGGCUCUUUAGGGAAACAUGUUGUGAAUAAACUUGGUAAGAUUGGCUCUCAAGUCAUUGUACCAUACAGGGGCGAGGCUUAUGAAGUGUUGCGACUCAAACUAUGUGGUGACCUUGGACAGAUUCUCUUCUUUCCAUACAGCUUGAAGGAUGAUGAGUCUGUCCAAAAAGUCAUGAAGUAUUCUAAUGUUGUCAUCAAUAUGGUCGGGCGUGACUGGGAGACAAGGAACUUUAAAUUCAAUGAUGUCCAUGUUGAUGGUGCUCGCAGGAUUGCUCGUCUUGCCAGGGAGUGUGGUGUAGAAAGACUCAUCCAUUUCUCCUCUCUUAAUGCUGGCCCAGAUCCUCAAAAAAUUUUCCUGAAGACAGGAUCUGAGUUCUUAAAAUCCAAGUAUGAAGGGGAGUUAGCAGUACGUGAAGAAUUUCCUGAUGCAACCAUCUUCCGUCCUUCAGAUAUGUAUGGCUCUGAAGAUAGAUUCUUAUGUUAUUACUCUAAUGGAUGGCGUCGUGGUAGGGGGUAUCUCCCGUUAUGGAAGAAAGGCACUGAAACAAUCAAAGCACCAGUGUUUGUAUCUGAUGUAGCUGAAGGUAUCAUGAAUGCCUUGAAAGAUCCAGCUUCAAUUGGACAGACCUACGAAGCUGUUGGUCCCAAUCGUUAUUAUCUUUGUGAUUUGGUGGAUUAUUUUUAUAAUAUCCUACGAUGGAGAGGAUACAAGAGAAUUCCAAUAACUCCAGUCUUCUUAGCCAAAGUUUGGGCUUUUUCUUACAUGCCCAGUUACCCACUUUUGAACUUAGAGAAGCUUGAGCGGGAGCACAUCACAGAUGUCAUUACAGGCUGCCCCACAUUAGAAGACCUUGGGGUGAAACUAACUCAUAUUGAAGAUCGUGCAGCAUUUGAACUGAAACCUUUCCGGAUGUAUUCUUACUACUAUGACCAGAUUGGUGAAUUUAGUGAACCUCUACCACCACCUAUUGUAGCAUAAAGCAGCACAGUGCUAGCUUAUAUUCAGUUUGUGGAAAAUUAGAUAAUUGGAAAAUUCUUUAUCUGUAAAUAAAAAAAGGAAAAUAACAUUCUUUCAUAAGUUAUUUCAUUUUAUAAAUCUA